CACGAAAUGCCCGGUCUGGUCCGAAAGAUCCUCGUAUUCGCCGCUGUUGACGGGCUUGUCCUCCAGCCUGCGCCGCCGCGAAAUCACCCCCCAGCUACGCAGCAAGCUAUAAAGGUUGACUACAAAGGCAAUGUGGGACCACUGUUGAAGGAUAGACGCGAGGAGGAUACUACACCUGUGUCGCUGGAGACGCAUGGCAUCGUCGGCCUUCUCACAAUCGCAACAUCAUCUUUCCUGAUAUCCAUCUGUGGUCGCGAACAGGUCGCGCAGAUUCGCGGCAAGCCCGUGUAUAAGAUCACCGAUGUCGCCCUGAUCCCGCUCGCCUCUCGCACCGACGCCGACAAAGCCAUCGUAUCCGCACGCGAACACGUUCAACGACGAAGGGAAGCAGAGGGACUUGGAGAUGAAGAUUACGAUAGUGAAAGCGACGAUGAUGCGCCAAGCGUGACGGACUCGUUGGUCGAGGAGCCGACAGCUACGCCUACACAAGUAAAGGACCCCGUCACAGGACAACAAGGGCCUCUUCAUGGCAGAAGUACUAGUGUGGCCGAGGAUGUUAUGCAACAUAAGGGCUUGUAUGGCCGUUUUGCUGACAAAUGGUUUUCGAGGAAAGGAUGGAAGACGGAUAGUCGGCGGACACAGGGCUUGAGCGUCGAAGAAGACCUGCACAAGUCUGUCCCUAAGAAUGUCGAGUCCACCAUGCCGAAGGAGGAGGACGAGAAUCCCAAAAACUCGUCCUUGCCAGAUGCGAUACCAGUGGUUGAUAAAACGGUUCCGGAACCCGUCAGCCCUACGGAUAUACCCAAAGCGUUGGAUGGACAAAAAGACAGCACCACCAAUGCGCUUCUCCCCAAGAUCUUACGUACUACGAAAAUGUACUUUUCUUCGGGAAACUUUUUCUUUUCGUAUGAUUACGACUUGUCACGCGGGGUAGACCAGCAGCAACCCAGCUCUAGUUUGCCUCUGUCGAAGCAAUUCGAUUCUCUGUAUUUCUUCAAUCAGCACAUUGCAUCCCCUUUCAGCAGCGCAGGCCAGCACAACUUCGUACUUCCCAUCAUACAGGGCUUUGUUGGGCAGCGAGCAUUCAGCAUCAAAGUCGUAAACACCAAUAACAACAGUGUAGUCAUCGACCCUGACUCUACAACGGAUGAUAUGGAAAUGCAAAAUAUCAAACAGCAGGGACUGAACGGCGCCGAGUCGGAUUCAGACACCAACACAGAGACACCUCCUCCCGAACCCUCAAACGGAAAGGACUUCCUGAUCACGUUGAUCUCCAGACGAUCAACCAACAGAGCCGGCUUACGCUAUCUGCGCCGUGGUGUGGACGAUGAGGGACAUACCGCGAAUACUGUUGAGACCGAGCAAAUUCUUUCGUCGCCCACAUGGAACACAACGCAAGACACCAUCUUCUCAUUUACUCAGCUGCGCGGGUCCAUACCUUUAUUCUUUUCGCAAUCACCAUAUAGCUUGAAGCCGCAGGUAGCGACUUGGGGCUCCACCGAAACGAAUGCAAAAGCAUUCAAACGGCAUUUUGCCGACAUCUCCUCCCGAUAUGGCGCUGUAUACAGUGCCUCAUUAGUAGACAAACACGGCACGGAAGCUAAAAUCGGCGAACUAUAUGAGCGACAUUCGAAGAUCUUGAAUGAGAACGGAGGAAUGGACGGAAAAGGAAAAGACUUAGAUUUUGAGUGGUUCGACUUCCACAAUGUAUGCCGCGGCAUGCGCUUUGAGAAUGUGUCCAAACUGAUGGAUACACUGGGGCCGUUUUUCAAAACAACCGGAUGGACCGAGAUCUCCAACGACCGGGUGUUGCACAAGCAGUCAGGUAUCCUGCGGACAAAUUGCAUGGACUGCCUUGACCGCACCAAUGUUGUUCAAUCCGCUUGCGCGAGAACCGCACUCGAAGCGCAACUCUCAGCCGGCAGCUUCAGCAUUGAUCUGCAAAAUGAUCCAAGCACUUCGUGGUUCAACACACUCUGGGCGGACAACGGCGAUAACAUCUCAAGACAGUAUGCGGGCACGGCAGCGCUCAAGGGCGACUUUACACGCACCCGAAAGCGACAAAUCACUGGUGCCCUUACCGAUUUUGGACUCACGCUCACGAGGUACUACAAUAACAUUGUAAACGAUUACUUUGCCCAGGCCCUGAUCGAUUACCUCCUUGGUCGCGCUACAGACACCAUCUUUGCAGAGUUCGAGGCCGAUAUGAAGAGCUCAGACUACUUCAUCGAUUUGCGCAAAGUGCGACAAGCCGCCAUCGAGCGCAGUGCCGGUAUCGUUAUCGAAGACAAAGAAGAGGAUCUCAUUCAUGGCUGGACCCUAAGUGUCCCCACCCAUGCCAACGUUCUGAAGACAUCCACGUUUGAAGAAGCUGUCCUUCUCCUAACCGCAAAAGCACUCUACUUCUGCCGUCUGGACUGGGGCACCGAGAAAGUCCGCGAAUUUGAGCGCAUCCCCCUCGAAGACGUCUACGGCAUCUUUCGUGGCGUCUACAUCACCAGUACCCUCGCUCAACGUCAUAUGGACGAGGAAAAAAACGUCGGUUUCGUACUACGGUACAACAUCACGGAUCCCUCUGGAACCGACCUUGUCCGCCGUAAUACCCGUUCGCUCGACUCGGGAAACGCAGGCGCGCCAUCUGACCAUAAAUCCGGUUCCGCCUCAAACGACAACUCGACACAAGAAGCCGGUGGUCGUUUCCUGGCGUUCAAAGCUCUUCCACCUAGUAGUACAGUCGUACCUACGCCUUCCUCGCCUACAUCCAUGUCUGCCUCUGCAGACUCGCUACCGGAUGUGCCCCCGGAGAACGAAGUCGAGGUCGUGAAAAGUAUUUGCGAAGAGAUUGUGCGGGAGGCGAACAAGCUGAGCAGCCAAAGAAUUGGUGAACAGCAAGAGCAGAGAGGAUUGAAUGUGGAAGAGAAAGCUGUAGUUAGUGCAGCAGAUGCGAAGAAGAGCACUGGUUAUAUGGAGCAGUUGGGGUAUUCGCUUAAGAAGAUGGUUUGGUCAUGA